UGGGGCGGCCGGGCUCCCCUCCAAGAUGGCGGCGGCGGUGGCCUCAGCGGCGCGGAGCCUGGCGCGUGUCUCCCGGGGGGGCCUCCUGCUCCCGCCCCCGCCCCGAGGGCCCUGCCCGCGGGCUAACAUGGCAUCUCUGUCUAGUCUCUCCCGGGGCAGGAAGGUGGCCCUGACUACCUUGGGUGUGUUGACGGCAGGCGGAGCGGGCCUGGCCUUGGCCCUUCACACAGCAGUGAAUGCUGGGGAGCUGGAGAUGCAUCCCCCCCAAUAUCCCUGGAGCCACGCCGGGUUGCUGUCCAGCCUGGAUCACAGCAGCAUUCGGCGUGGCUAUCAGGUGUACAAGCAGGUGUGUUCUGCCUGCCACAGCAUGGAUUACCUGGCCUUCCGCAACCUUGUCGGAGUCAGUCACACGGAAGCUGAAGCCAAGGCCUUAGCCGCAGACGUUGAGGUGCAGGACGGACCCAAUGAAGAUGGUGAGAUGUUUAUGCGUCCCGGCAAGCCUUCCGAUUACUUUCCUAAGCCUUACCCCAAUCCUGAAGCAGCCCGGGCAGCUAACAACGGGGCACUCCCCCCAGACCUCAGCUAUAUCGUCAACGCUAGGCACGGUGGAGAGGACUACGUCUUCUCCCUUCUCACUGGCUACUGCGAUCCGCCUGCUGGGGUGACACUGCGGGAGGGGCUGUACUACAACCCGUAUUUCCCUGGGCAGGCUAUUGGUAUGGCCCCACCCAUCUACAAUGAGAUCUUGGAAUUCGAGGACGGGACCCCGGCCACCAUGUCACAAAUAGCCAAGGACGUCUGCACCUUCUUGCGAUGGGCAGCGGAGCCAGAGCACGAUGAUCGCAAGCGGAUGGGCCUGAAGAUGCUGUUGAUCUCAGCCAUGCUGACGCCCCUCUUUUAUUACUUGAAACGGCACAAGUGGUCAGUCCUUAAGAGCAGGAAGAUUGCUUACCGGCCUCCCAAGUGAGAUGUUCCAGGGGCCUGGACCAACCGACCUCUGCUGCCUGCGUGGGACUGCCUCUGCUGCCCCAGGAAUGUCUAUACGGGCCGGCAGGAGGACGGGUGCUCCUCUCCAGUGCUGUUUCUGUUAUUUAAUGUUUCUCCAUCCAUGCAGUCACCCAUGGAGCCUUGGGAAGAGGACCCUGGGAGCCAGGGGUGGCAGCUGCCCAAUAAACAUACGUCUUCAACCA